UUAUUUCAAUGCAGACGAUUUUUUGUUUUUACAUUUUGGAACCUCAAGUGAAGUUUUGGAUCACCUUAGUGGAGCUGAUUCAGCACUUGUAGGUUGAAGACACUUGUGUUCAAUUCCAGCAACCAUUGUGUCAGAUAUUGCAGCAUCUGCUGCGGUCCUUUCCAGCAAAAUAGAACCUGGUGUCUCAAUUGGUGAAGAUUCUCUGGUAUAUGAUUCAUGCAUAUCAGGUGGAAUACAGAUUGGUUCCCAAUCAAUUGUUGUUGGUAUUAAUGUUCCAGGUGAUGAUGAUAGUACAGCAGAAAAUUCAUUUGAGUUCAUCCUUCCUGACUGCCAUUGUCUUUGGGAGGUUCCACUGGUAGGAAGCUCUGACAAGUGUGGGAAUGUAGUUAAUGGGCUUGAGUGAACAAUAAAACAAAUAUUUUCUUCCCUUGUGGAGAAGCUCACAAUGCAUCAGUUUGGAGGAGUUGCAUCAGUCAAUUGACUUUUCACAGAUGUACACUGGGUCCAGUAAUCAUCAAGCAGAUCUUGCUGCUGGAAUUGCCAAAGCCUGUAUCAAUUAUAGUAUGCUUGGACGCAGGUUGUCACAGUUGUGUGAAGAAAUUCUUCAAAAAGAACACUCUGGAGUCAAAACAUGUAAGGACUUCCUUGACCUUUGUUCCAAACUUAUGGAGCAGAACUCCAAGAUUCUUCCCAAAGCCCGUGCAUAUCAGGUGCAAGUUGAUCUCCUUCAAGCUAGCAGAGAUGAAACAGAAGCUUCGAAAUUAGAGCACAAAGUUUGGGCUGCAGUUGCUGAUGAAACUGCAUCUGCAGUUAGGUAUGGUUUUAAAGAACAUCUCUUGGACUCCUCAAGCAACUCUACUUUUUCUGAGAACCCAAAACUUGAUGGCAAUGUGGAUCAACGAUUCUGCCCAACAAGAGUGAAGGAUGAAUUACCAGUUCAGGUAGAUUUUGUUGGUGGCUGGAGUGAUACUCCUCCAUGGAGCUUAGAGCGUGCUGGGUGUGUUCUAAAUAUGGCAGUAAGCUUGGAAGGCUCUCCUCCAAUUGGCACCAUCAUAGAGACAACCCAAACAAGUGGAGUACUGAUUAGUGAUGAUUCUGGAAAUGAGCUACAUGUUGGAGAUCCUUCAUCGAUUGCUCCUCCCUUUGACAGCAACGAUCCAUUCAGGCUUGUCAAAUCUGCUCUGCUCGUGACUGAAACUAUUCACGGAAAGGUUCUGGAAUCAACAGGCUUGAAACUAAAGACAUGGGCCAAUGUCCCUCGAGGCAGUGGCUUGGGAACAUCCAGCAUCCUAGCAGCUGCCGUAGUGAAGGCACUUCUCCAGGUUACUGACGGAAACAAAAGCAAUGAAAAUGUAGCCAGACUUGUUCAGGUAUUACAGCUGCUCAUGGGAACAGGAGGUGGAUGGCAGGAUCAAAUUGGAGGACCAUGCCCUGGGAUUAAAAUUCACUGCAAGUUAUCCUGGAAUACCAUUGCGGCUACAAGUCAUUCCUCUCUUGGCAUUGCCUCAGUUAAUCUCAGAGCUGCACCAACGGCUGGUGGUGUUUAUUGGUCAAGUUCGACUUGCGCAUCAGGUACUACAAAAGGUGGUUAUCCAAUACCUCCGGCGGGACAACUUCCUCAUCUCCAGCAUCAAGCGGCUGGCCGAACUAGCAAAAAUCGGUAGGGAAGCUUUGAUGAACUGUGACGUGGAUGAGGUGGGGGAGAUCAUGUUGGAGGCUUGGAGAUUGCACCAAGAACUCGACCCUCACUGCAGCAACCAAUUUGUCGACAAGCUCUUCGCAAGCCGCUUCCCAUUACUGUUCCGGCUACAAGGUCGUCGGAGCUGGUGGCGGUGGCUUCGCACUAUUUCUUGCCAAAAACCCAACGUGCGCAAAAGUCUUAAGAAACAUGUUAGAAAAAGAUUCAGAAUUUCACGUGAAAGUCUACAAUUGGAACAUCUUCAUUGCAAAUUAAAUGCAAACAUAGCUUGAUUCUUCCAUAUAAAUGUUCUAAUAAUUUUUUUUUUUGAAUAAAUUUGCAAGGACUGAAUUCGAACCGUUGCUUUGGGGUAGGGAAUACACUUAUACGUGGCCUACCGACGCAGCUGGACCUGACCAAGUGCAAAUGUUCUAAUAAUUAUGUACAGCAGAACGUCAUACUAUUAUAUAAGAUUCAUAAUGUUGUAUAUAUACAGGGAGUACCAAAAAUCAAGAAGUUUUGCUGUU